GGCGGAGAGGCCAAAGAUGGCGGCGGUGGUGGCGUUUCGGAGUUGCUUGAGGUUCAGCUGCUGGCCUCGUCUGCCGCCGACUGUCCGGCGGGCCCCAAAUUACAGAUUGUAUUCUGGAAGUGCAACACUCCCAGAGGUUGAAGGAGCUGAAGUAGCAGGUAUUGAAGAAGUGGUCAUUCCAAAAAGGAAAACUUGGGAUAAAGUGGCAGUUCUUCAGGCUCUCGCAUCCACAGUGAACAGGGAUACCACAGCUGCCCCUUAUGCAUUUCAAGAUGAUCCUUAUCUCAUACCAGCAUCCUCUGUGGAAUCACGUUCGUUUUUAUUGGCAAAAAAGUCUGGGGAGAAUGCAGCAAAGUUUAUUAUUAAUUCGUAUCCCAAAUAUUUUCAGAAGGACAUAGCUGAACCUCAUAUACCGUGUUUAAUGCCUGAGUACUUUGAACCUCAGAUUGAAGAGGUAAGCGAAGCUGCCCUGAAGGAACGAAUCAAGCUCAAAAAAGUCCAGGCUUCAGUGGACAUGUUUGAUCAGCUCUUGCAAGCAGGUACCGCUGUGUCUCUGGAAACAAGUAAUAGUCUUUUGGAUUUAUUAUGUUACUAUGGGGACCAAGAACCCUCGGCGGAUUAUCAUUUUCAACAAACUGAACAAUCAGAAGAGUUGGAAGAGGCUGCAGAGCAAAAUAAUGAGAAAUCUAGGAGGAGGGGCAGUCGUCAGUUUGGAGUGGCUUGGAGAGCAGAAAACAAUGCUGAGAGGAUCUUUGCCCUAAUGCCAGAGAAAAAUGCGCAUUCCUACUGCACAAUGAUUCGAGGAAUGGUGAAGCACCGAGCUCAUGUGCAGGCAUUAAAGUUGUACAUGGAAUUACUGAACAACAGACUCACUGCUGAUGUAUACACCUUCAACGCAUUGAUUGAAGCAAAGUCAUUGAUGAUGGAUGAGAAAUUUGAGGCAAAAUGGAAUAAUAUACUGGAGCUGCUAAAGGAAAUGGCUGCACAGAAGGUGAAACCAAAUCUGCAGACUUUUAAUACCAUAUUGAAAUGUCUCCGAAGAUUUUAUGCAUUUGGAAAACUGCCAGCCUUACAGACCUUACGUGAAAUGAAAGCCUUCGGAAUAGAGCCCUCACUUGCAACGUAUCACUAUAUUAUCCAGCUGUUUUAUCAUCGUGAAAACUCUUCAAGAGGAUCAUCCUUCAUAAUCUAUGAAAUAAUGAAUGAAUUAAAAGGGAAGAAAUUUUCUCCACAGGACUUGGAUGAUGAUAUGUUUUUUCAGUCAGCCAUGAAAGUUUGCUCAUCCCUCAGAGAUCUAGACCUUGCUUACCAAGUGCAUGGGCUUUUAAACACGGGAGACAACUGGAAAUUCAUUGGACCCAAUCAACGGCUUAAUUUCUAUUAUACCAAGUUCUUCAGUUUGCUUUGUCUAAUGGAACAAAUUGAUGUUACCUUGAAGUGGUAUAAGGACCUGAUUCCUUCUGUGUUCUUCCCCCAUUCCCAAACUUUGAUAGAUCUUCUCCAAGCAUUGGAUGUGGCUAAUCGGCUAGAAAUGAUUCCUCAGAUUUGGAAAGAUAGCAAAGAAUUUGGCCACACUUUCCGCAGUGACCUGAAGGAAGAGAUGCUGAUGCUCAUGGCAAGGGAUAAGCACCCACCAGAGCUUCAGGUGGCGUUUGCUGACUGUGCCGCAGAUAUCAAGUCUACUUACGAAAGCCAAGAUGCCAGGCAGCCUGCUUUGGGUUGGCCAGCCAAACCCCUGAACUGCAUAGCUGUCCUCUUUUUGAGGGCUGGAAGAAUCCAGGAAGCCUGGAAGAUGCUUGGGCUUUUCAAGAAGCAUAAUAAGAUCCCUGGAAAUGAGUUGCUGAAUGAGUUUAUGGACAGUGCAAAAGCAUCCAACAGCCCUGAGCAGGCCAUCGAGUUAGUGAAGCUGGCAAGUGCCUUCAGCUUGCCUGUUUGUGAGGCCCUCAGCCAGAGAGUGGUGGCUGACUUUGCAAUCAACAAAGAACAGAAGGAAGCCCUGGAGAACCUCACUGCACUGGCCAGCAGCAGUGACGGUGACAGCAGCAGUGAUGGUGACAGCAGCACUGACAGUGACAGCAGCGAUAGCGAAGGCAAAUGAAAGUUGAUUCUGGAGCCGCUGUGGCCUGUUACAGCUUCUGUUUCACACUUGAGAACACAUAUUCUCCAGUGAUUGAAGAACACGAGUACAGAUGGGAUGCAUUUGUUACUAAGAAGUACAGUGGUUGUAACACUGACUUUGAAAGUGUUUAAGUCUGAUUCCAUGCUUACUAAAUGCAUCGUUCGGGUUUACCACUGAGGCAGCAGCACUUCCACAUUCAUUUCUUUAGACGCACAGUGCAGGGUGCGCCGCUCUUGGCUUCGUGAUGCGCCGUGUGGACCUGCAGUGUGUGCCGGCCGGCUCCCUGAGCCCGUCGUCGGUGUGCUUUGCUUCUGGGCCUCAGCCUUUGUUAGUCUGGUGCUGUGGUGCUGGGACUCCUUGAUGUUAGAGCUACCAUCCGAAGGUGGUCAGAUGUGAAAAAGUGCAUCUCAGGAUCAGUUAAACAGGAUGGCAGGAGUUUGGGUUGCAUAAGUGGGAAGAUGAAGACUGUAAAUAAAGUUGUAAUUUAUGUCCA